AUGUCUGCGCUCAAGCCCAACCAACCCGAAUCUCUUAUGGGGCUGAGUAUGGCCGAAGCGCGCAUGAUCAUUCUGGGUGUACUGAGUUCCGAUAAAUCUGGCAAAGUCGACUUUGACAAGAUGGCCGUCAAGGGAGGCUACAAGAACGCCCAAUCCGCUAGUACUCUUUAUCACAAGGCCAAGCGUAGGCUCCUCGACAUUCAUACUAAUCCGGCCGAUCAAGAAGCUGGUGCCUCUGUCAGUCCUUCGAAGGAACCCGCUUCCACCACUGCUACUCCCAAGAAGACGCCCGCGAAGCGUGGCAAGGACAAGGCUGCCGCUGAUGAUGACAACACUGGUGCUACCGAGAAUACUCCAACUCCUUCCAAGGGGAAGCGUCAGAAGACGGCAGCGACUCCGAAGGCCCCUCGCUCUGCCACGAAGGCUGCGAAGACGGAGGCUUUCAAAUCUGGAGGUGCCACUACUCCCACUCCGGCCAAAGGCAAAGUCUCCGUGAAAAAGGAAGAAUCCGACACGGAGCUCGAGACUAGUCCCGUCAAGGAGGAGUCGAAGUCUGACGACGAGGAAAUCAUGAGUACCAGCCAGGUGAGUGCGGAGUUCUCUGCCAUGGACCGGCACCCCGAGACUCCCAAGUGA